AUGUCUCUUCAUCAAGUUUUAGCAUCUCAAGCACAAACCCCAAAAUCAGCAUUCGGCGUUGAGCGACACUCGUUGAUUUAUGUCCCCAACAUUUGGGGUGAUCAUUUUCUGUCUUAUGCUUCUAUGGAAAUUGAUACUAAACUUCAACAACGUGUCCAAGAACUGAAAGAAGAGGUGAAAAAAAUGUUAAACGUUGUAGUUAAUAAAAAGUCUGAUUCGUACAUAUUAGACAUGGUUGAUAACAUUCAACGCUUAAGCGUGUCAUAUCAUUUCGAAAAUGAGAUUGAUGCAAUGUUGAAGCAAGUCCACAAGAAUUCCCAUGGCGGUGAAAAUCAGCAUCAGUUGGUAAAUGAUGAUGACCUUUAUGCUACAGCUCUCCGUUUUCGAUUGCUCAGACAACAAGGCUAUAAUGUUUCAUGUGAUGUGUUCAACAAGUUCAAGGAAUGUAGAGGGACAUUUAAGGAAUCCCUAAUGAGUGAUGUGGUAGGAUUGUUAAGCUUGUAUGAAGCCACUCAUCUCAGGGUUCACGGAGAAGACGUACUUGAAGAGGCACUGACCUUCUCUAGAACCCAUCUCCAGUCUAUAGCACCCCGGUUGAGCUCUCCAUUAUCAAAACAAGUAAAUCAUGCCUUGUAUCAGCCACUAUGGAAGGGAUUUCAAAGGUUAGAAGCUAGGCAUUACCUGUCUAUAUAUGAGGAAGAUGACUCGCACAAUGAAACUCUGCUAAAUCUUGCAAAGAUGGAUUUCAACCUAGUGCAGAAAGUACAUCAGAAAGAACUAAGUGAUAUGACAAGGUGGUGGAGAGACUUGGACUUAACAAACAAACUACCUCUUGCAAGAGACAGGAUUGUUGAAUCCUACUUUUGGGCUCUAGAAACCUACUUUGAACCUGAAUAUGUCUUUGCUCGGAUGAUACUAUGCAUCUAUAUUGCUCUAGUGACAGUCAUUAAUGACGUUUACGAUGUCUAUGGCACAUACGAAGACUUGGAGCUCUUCACUCAUGCUGUAGAUAGGUGGGAAACUUCUGCUGGCGAGCAAUUGCCGGAGUAUAUGAAAGCUUGUUACAAGGGGCUUCUUGAUAGUUAUUCUGGAUUCGAAGAAAAACUUGCAGACGAGGGAAGUUUGUAUCUCAUCCACUAUACAAGAGAAGCAAUUAAAAUUCUAGUCAGAGCUUACUUCCAAAGAGCCAAAUGGUUUAAGGAAAAGUACACACCAACAAUGGACGAAUAUAUAUCAAAUGAACUUCAUACAUCCUUCUAUACCAUGGCAAUCACAUCCUUUGUUGGAAUGGGAGGUCUUGUCACAAAAGACUUAAUGGAUUGGGUGUUAAAUGAACCUAAGAUUAUAAAGGCUAUUUCAUUAAUUGGCAGACUCCAGAAUGACAUGUCUGGCUACAAGUUUGUGCAAAAUAAAGAACAACGUGCCUCAGCAGUGGAAGUGUACAUGAACCAAUAUAGUGUGACGGAAGAAGAAGCGAAGAUGGAGCUAACUAAACAAACAGAUGCUGCAUGGAAAGAAUUAAACCAAGAGAUGCUGCAUCUCCACUCUACUGCUGGAAUCCCCAAGCCCUUCCUACAAAUUAUAUUGAAUCUUGCACGUUCGAGUGAAGUUCUAAUCAAGAAUGAUGAGGACGGGUUCACCACUACUGGGAUCAAGGAUUUUAUAGUUUCUCUCUUCAUUGAACCCGUGCGUGUGUAAGUCUGAUCAAUACUCUUUGCUAUCGCCAUCGAGAAUCGACGUCUUUCUGAGUUCUUGUUGGGUGGUUUCCAGUUCGGGCUCGUCAGGUUUGGGCCUCU